AUGGUUCUGCAAGUUUACCUAUCAACUUUGGAUGCAAGGGUUCCGUUCACAACCAAGGUGGGGCAGUCAGAGAUCCUGAUGCCUGCUUCAUCAGAUGAGGCAAGAUCACCUGGCUACAGCCUGUAUGAAUCAUCAGCCAGGUACUCACCGACAGCACCAGGCUACUCACCGACAGCACCACGCUACUCACCGACAUCCCCUAGCUACUCACCGACAGCACCAAGCUACUCACCAACAUCCCCUAGCUACUCACCGACAGCACCAGGCUACUCACCGACAGCACCAAGCUACUCGCCGACAGCACCAAGCUACUCACCGACAGCACCAGGCUACUCGCCGACAGCACCAAGCUACUCACCGACAUCCCCUAGCUACUCACCAAGACCAAAAGGGUAA